GGUCUGUGGGUGUGUGUUGUGAGUAGGUGCGUGUGGAGUCGGCUUGUACGUGCAUUAGUGCUUAUAAAUUGUAUAUAAAUUCUUCUCAGGACCCGACGUAUAAGCCUAUCAAGAAAUGUUUACUCUUCGAAUCAGCCGUAACUAUCGGGUAAACAUCAUCUGGAAGCCAGUCAUGCAUAUUGUUUCGCCGGGUAGAUGAUUAACAUUUAAGAUGCACAAACUACUCGAAUUCUCAAACGACAUUAUACUACUGCAACGGAUUGCAUAAUACAUGUAAUGGUCUUAUGAAUCAUUACGUUUACGGCGUAACCGCUCGCCGAUAUAAUGACUUUUUGAAACACAGAAGAGCAUGCGCGGGAACAUUAUUUUAAAACAUCUCCAGUAGGCCUAUAUAUCCGUUGAUUUCUAAACUUAGAGUGUGUUUCCACGAUGAGUACCGGUGGUCUUUCUUCAAGGAGACUGGCCUUGGUGAAAUCGGUAUCGCUCUUGAUGUGCUUGGCUGUUACUCUGAUUUGCAUGCACCUUGAUAGCCAGCUUGGGGAUGAUUUGAUGAUGCGUCGUUCCGCCAGAUCGACAAAUAAUUCGUGGCGCCUUCGCCGCGGACCGGUUCCGGCUUUCUACUCGACAUGCAUACCAAAGUGGCGAGUUGUGUUUAUCAAGACUCACAAAACCGGUUCGACGACUACUGCAUCGCUUCUCGAAAGAUUCGGCUACAGGCGGAACCUUAGCUUCGCUAUGGAUAAAAGCCUUCAUUACUUCUCUCGAAUGGAACUAUUUGAUCAUACCAUGGUUUUCAAGGUUCCUCGUAGAAAACGUAAGGACUACGACUUCCUGGUGAACCACGCUCGGUUUAAUAAGAAAGAAAUGGAUAUUGCGGUCCCGAACGCCAAGUACAUAUCCAUCAUUCGAAAUCCGGUUAACCAACUCGAAUCUGCAUUCGGAUACUUCGAAAUGGCAAAACAACUCGGGAUCCGAACUAAGCAGCCAUUCGUCACCUUUAUCACGGAUCCCAUGAAGUAUCUGCCCCGAAAACCGAAUUUGAGGUUCGCACUAAAAAACGGACAGCUGUUCGAUUUCGGCCUGGACCAUAAAUACCACGGGAACAUGACGGUGGUCAAGGACAAAAUUGACCAGUUGGCAAGUGAGAUGCAUCUUGUGAUGCUGAGCGAAUACUAUGACGAGUCUAUGAUUCUUCUCAAGAAGUUGAUGUGUUGGGAUUUCGAAGAUGUUCUUUACAUCAAGCUUGGGGUUCGGAGCAAGUCGCAUCGUUAUUCCAUCGAUAUAACGAUCGAAGAGAAGAUCAAGAAAUGGAACGCCGGCGAUGUGAUGCUUUACCAUCAUUUCAAUCGCACUUUCUGGGAGAAGGUUCGCGCGUACGGUCCGUCAUUUUCCGACGAUCUCGCCCAUCUACGGGCCAUGUUACGGAACGUGACGGAUAAUUGCACAGACCCUGAUAAGAGGAACUUAAAGGAUAAAAGAGUUGAAGAAUACAUGCUGAAAUCAAACUCGUCAAAAUACUGUGAAGAUCUACUACGUAACGACAUUCAGUAUACGAAGCUCUUGCGAAGUGAGAUGGUUAAACGAGCCAAGACUGAAAACUGGAACAGGUUUAUUUCUUUUGGAUUUUGAUACCUCGCAGUAGACCCUAUUAAUAGCAACCACAGUGGAUGGCUUUGAUUGUUAUUGCUGUUCUGCCGAUUUAGUUUCUCAGGGAAUUUGGUCACAUUAAAUAAUCUUCGUUCACUAUUAAGGGAUCUUCUCUCUA